UUUUCCGGUUGGGAAACGCCGUAGACGAGGGAGAGUGAAAAAGACGAAAGCGGUGGAAAAUAAAGUGGAGUGUGAGCGGGGCCCAAGUGAUCACGAGGAGCAGAUACCUCUUAGUCCGAAACCAGCCUGCACGCUUAAGGGGAUCGUCACCGUUUGGUAAAAGCGAGAGUCCCCGCCUGUAUUUUACAGCUAGGGAGGAGCGCCCCCCCCCCCCCCCCAGGCAAAGAUCUACACCGAUCCGGCUGACCAUCCCUCCGACAUCGAAGCGGUUCACCCGCCGGCCGGUACUGUCCGUCAAGAGGCCGCUGAAAACCAAGCCUGUGUAGGAAGGGGCUCCAUGAAUGGAAAUCGGAACCCCAGGAGCUGUUGGGGCUCAGCCCCUUUUUACGGUGCCAAGGCGUCCAGGAUGUGGCACCAUGGGAAAACCGAUUAAACUGCUGGCCAACUGCUUCCAAGUAGAUAUCCCAAAGAUUGACGUCUACCUCUAUGAGGUAGAUAUUAAACCAGAUAAAUGUCCUCGCAGGGUAAACAGGGAAGUAGUCGACUCUAUGGUCCAGCAUUUUAAAGUUCAGAUUUUUGGAGAAAGAAGACCUGUCUAUGAUGGGAAAAGGAGUCUUUACACCGCUGAUCCCAUUCCCGUCAGCACCACUGGAGUGGAUUUGGAGGUGACAUUACCAGGAGAAGGGAAGGACCGAAUUUUCAGGGUGUCAAUCAAAUUUGUAUCAAGAGUAAGCUGGCAUUUGCUGCAUGAAGUUCUAACAGGUCGUAGCAUGCCAGAGCUGCUGCCUGGGUUGGACCUGGACAAACCACUCAGCACAAAUCCUGUACACGCUGUCGAUGUUGUCCUCCGACACCUCCCAUCCAUGAAGUACACCCCUGUUGGCCGUUCUUUCUUCUCUGCACCAGAAGGUUAUGACCAUCCUUUGGGUGGGGGGAGAGAAGUCUGGUUUGGUUUCCAUCAAUCUGUCAGACCAGCCAUGUGGAAAAUGAUGCUGAACAUAGAUGUUUCUGCCACUGCUUUUUAUAAAGCACAGCCUGUAAUUCAGUUCAUGUGUGAAGUUCUAGACAUUCAUAAUAUAGAUGAACAGCCACGACCUUUGACUGAUUCCCACCGAGUCAAAUUCACCAAAGAGAUAAAAGGAUUGAAGGUUGAAGUAACUCAUUGUGGACCUAUGCGGAGAAAGUACCGUGUGUGUAAUGUUACCAGAAGACCAGCUAGCCAUCAGACGUUCCCCUUGCAGUUGGAAAGCGGGCAGACCGUGGAGUGCACAGUAGCGCAAUAUUUCAAACAGAAAUACAACCUUCAGCUAAAGUACCCACAUCUACCCUGUUUACAGGUGGGACAGGAACAAAAGCACACCUACCUGCCACUUGAGGUGUGCAACAUUGUUGCGGGGCAGCGCUGUAUCAAAAAACUGACAGACAAUCAAACAUCAACCAUGAUUAAAGCGACAGCACGGUCAGCACCUGACAGACAAGAGGAGAUUAGUAAACUUGUAAAAAGUGCAAACUACGAUGAUGAUCCAUUUGUCCAGGAAUUUCAGUUUAAAGUGAGAGAUGAAAUGGCUCAUGUCACUGGCCGAGUACUUCCCGCUCCCAUGCUGCAAUAUGGGGGAAGGGUGGAACCAAGUCAUUUCAGAUUACAAACUAAUCGAACGGUUGCUACUCCAAGUCAUGGUGUUUGGGACAUGAGGGGGAAACAGUUCCAUACCGGGGUUGAAAUCAAAAUGUGGGCGAUAGCAUGUUUUGCAGCACAGAGACAAUGUAGAGAAGAAGUACUUAAGAGUUUUACUGACCAGUUGCGGAAAAUAUCGAAAGAUGCAGGGAUGCCUAUCCAGGGCCAGCCAUGUUUCUGUAAAUAUGCACAAGGAGCUGACAGUGUGGAACCAAUGUUUCGGCAUCUGAAGAAUACCUAUUCAGGACUCCAGCUCGUCAUUGUUAUUCUACCUGGGAAAACACCUGUCUAUGCUGAGGUAAAACGUGUGGGAGAUACUCUCCUGGGAAUGGCUACUCAGUGUGUUCAAGUGAAGAAUGUUGUUAAAACAUCUCCACAGACGUUAUCGAACCUCUGCCUGAAGAUUAAUGUGAAACUAGGCGGUAUUAACAACAUUCUGGUGCCACAUCAGCGACCAUCCGUAUUCCAGCAGCCUGUGAUUUUUUUGGGGGCUGAUGUCACACACCCACCGGCUGGAGACGGCAAGAAACCCUCUAUUGCUGCUGUUGUGGGCAGUAUGGAUGCCCACCCUAGUCGUUAUUGUGCCACUGUGCGUGUUCAGAGACCUCGACAGGAGAUCAUUCAAGACCUAGCUUCAAUGGUUCGAGAACUUCUCAUCCAGUUUUACAAAUCAACCCGCUUCAAACCCACUCGGAUUAUAUUCUACCGAGAUGGUGUUUCUGAGGGGCAAUUCCGUCAGGUAUUGUAUUGUGAGCUAUUGGCAAUUCGAGAAGCUUGUAUCAGCCUGGAAAAGGACUAUCAGCCUGGCAUCACAUACAUUGUUGUGCAGAAACGUCAUCACACUCGAUUGUUCUGCGCUGAUAAGAAUGAGAGGGUUGGAAGAAGUGGAAAUAUUCCAGCAGGAACAACAGUAGACACAGAUAUCACCCACCCAUAUGAAUUUGAUUUUUAUCUCUGCAGCCAUGCUGGAAUACAGGGUACGAGUCGCCCCUCUCAUUACCAUGUUUUGUGGGAUGACAACUGCUUCUCUGCAGAUGAACUUCAGCUCCUCACCUACCAGCUAUGUCACACUUAUGUGCGCUGCACACGCUCAGUCUCGAUCCCAGCACCAGCCUAUUAUGCACAUCUCGUGGCAUUUAGAGCAAGGUACCACCUGGUGGACAAAGAGCAUGACAGCGCCGAAGGCAGUCACAUUUCUGGACAGAGUAACGGACGUGACCCACAGGCUCUUGCCAAGGCUGUGCAGAUCCACCAGGACACCUUACGCACAAUGUACUUCGCUUGAGUUUGGGAAUUUCUCUCCAGAAAGAACCGAAGAUUUCAGCCUACAUUUCCAGUGGGGUCAGUUUACGGACAAUGUCUCCAGCCAUACUGUAACUUUCACUGUGCGGAGACAAUAGUUUCAAUAAACUGGCGGAAAGGGAUUGUUUACCUACAAAGAUCAUAGCACUAUUAUGCAAUACGAAACCAGCCAACUGCUCUGUAUGUGUGCGUGUAUGUGUGUGCGCGUGUGCUCCGUCAGACCUCAUGUCUGUGUCUUUCCUUUUUCCUUUUUCAGUAUAGUUUCCUUUUUGCCUUUACCUCAGUGUUUGGCAGCACAAAACUCAUCUUUAUUAAGCAACACAAAAAUGGAACAAAAAAAAAUGUUCCACAAACCUUGGAUCUCAAAAGUAGUCACUGAUUAGGUCAGAUAUCCAGCCAUUCACUUUAGUCCUCAACUUUGUGAGGGUGGGGAGGUUGCUGUAGGUGAAAAAGACAUGUUUGAAAAUAAACUCUACCAGUUCUUCUUGAGAUUCAAGAAGUCCCACCUCCACUGUGCCACUGUUCAAAUUCCAUUUACUGGUUGAGUUAUCAAUUAAGUCAACUGACUAUUGAGUAUAGCUAGUAGUUGUGGCUCAGCUUCAUAACCAGAGCAGUGGAAUUUUACAUGUAGAAGAUAAAAUCCAGGAUUCAGAUGUGCUUGAGCAGUGAUGGUGAGAGAGAAACUUUUGAAAAUUCCAAGAUUUGGGGGCUCUGUUUAAUGUAGAAACUUUUGCUGUUUCUUUUGUUGUUUACUUGCUAGCUCACAACUAAAUGUGACUUUUUUGUUUUAGCGUCCUUAUAUUUAUUAGAAAAAAAAAUGCUUAAUUUAAUAUGAAUUUACAUUAAAGUAUAGUAGCAUCAAUUUUAUUUAGUUCUGGAAUGUAACCGUGUUGUAUACUGACAGAACAUUGCUACCAUUAGUGCAAUAAGCGGUUGGUAAGAAAGCCCGUGUCCUAUGCUGUAACGGAGCAGCAGUUGUACCACUAUAACCGUGGGAGAUUGGACACCUCCGCACUUCAGAACCUUAUCAGUUUUAAUAAGAAAAAAAAAAGUUGAAUGCAAAAAAAAAAGUAGGGCUGGGACAUUUUAAUGUUCGCUUAUUGGGACUUUAUUUAAUUUACACAUCUAAUCACUGAAAUGUGAAUUUUGUUCAAAUAUUUUUCUGUUUUAUUUCAGUCAUUCCAUUUUAAGAUAAUAUACCAAGUUUUUUAUUUGGAAUUUUUUCAUAAAAGUUAGACUUAUUUCGUUGAUACAAAUCUCAUGAUGUUGUUUGCACUUUGUAAAACCUCAUGAACUGCAUAUUUUAUCCGAUGGUUGUCAUUGCACUGGCUCGAACCGCAAUAUUCAAAAUGCUGCAGCCUUCUUGAUGGAUGGGCAUUGCUUGAGUCCCAGCCCUACAAAACAGCCUCUCCUCCACAUGAAAAAAAUUGUACUUUUACAGAAUUCAAACAUAACUAGAACAUUACGGAAACCAAGAAGAAACUGCAGAAUUUUCCUCCCCUUUCACAAAGAGCAGGCUUAUUGUCAUUUGAUUAUAAAUCAAACGCAAACCUUUCUCAAUUUAUUACACACUUGCCUCGAACAUAAGGGCUCAUAUUCUAUGAACUCGGGCAUGCAAACUUGCAAUGGAUAUUCUAGAUUUAAAAAGGAGUGUAGUGCCUACUUUGUCAUAACUGAUUCUUCAGGCACAAUUGCAGUAAUAAAAAUGAAAAGCCUAUCAGAUUUAUCUCUCUUCCUUCAGCCCCUCAAAAGUGAUGAAGUAAAGUCAGAUUAAAUCAAAUUAAGUUAAUAAGAAAGUCUUAAGUUUUAUUAAUUGGGGAAGAUGAAUUACCAUGAAUAUUUUCUUUUUAAAUCAGACUUCCAUUCUCAACUUUACAGAAGUGAUCCAUAGAGUGCAGGACAUAGUGUAUAUAUAAGAAAAGCAAAGUUUUGAUUGGCUUUUUGCAGUGAAUUAGACAAUGGUUUGCUUGAGAAAUUUUAAAUAAGUCUACUUUUCAAAUACUGUUUUUUUUAAAGAAACAGUCAAUGGGGUUGAUUUCACCACCAGUCUCUCUGAGACAGGAUUAAUACAAUACAAAAUCACAGGUAUCUGUUUUUUCUUGAUAUUUUCUUUCACUUGUAGAUCUAUUAUUGUUCUUGAUGUACAUUAUUGCCUGAAAGAUCUUUUAAAAGCAUCAAAAUAUCUCCUUUGAUAUAUUUUUUUAAAAUCUAGAUACUGUUGGCUGUUUUUAUUAAGCUUCACAAAGCUGAUCAGGAAAUGUUGCUCAGAGAACUGUUUCACAAAUAACUAACCAUUUCUUCCUGGAUUCCCCGGAUCAUGUCAAGGGCUAUGUGAUUUUAGUCAGGAGAGUACCCAUUUGAGGGGAAUCUUUACUCUGGAAGCAUCUUCUGCAGAGGCCACCUUUGUGGACAUUUUUUCUUUAGAAUCAAUUUUGUUGAUCAUAUUCUUAUUUAGAAAAAUAUUGUUUUUUAUGAGGUAAAAUUUUGGCCCAAACCAGAAUUAUGGCUAUGACUAUUAAAGUGAUUCUUGCAAAAUGUAUAGAUCCUGUCAGCAUGCUGCUACAGAUUUCACAUCACUUUGAAAUUCUUCACUGAACAGCUGAAAAACCACAAAGGCCAUCAGACAAUUCAAAGUCUGUAGAUGAAAUAGGAGUAGUGUUAUAUUCAUUGUAACUUCUCAGCUUAUAAAGUAUUGACCAUCUUUGAUUACAUCAUCCCUGAAAAGAUUGUUCCGGUGGACAAAUAAUCAGUGCCAGAAUAUCAAGAGAAAACUACCAAAAGAAACGAUCCAAUGUAGGCUUGUUUGUGAACUAUAUAUUACCCUUUGCAGGGAUCGAGGAGCUGUUUGGAUUACUAACCUAAUCCAUCACAAACAAAGGGAAAAUAUGAUGACGAUAUUGGCAAAUUAUGUACAGUUGUCCCAAGAGAAUAAAUGUAUACUAUGUCCAACUUGACAUACAUCAAUACUCACAAUAGCUUGUUCCACAAUGUGGAGAUUCAGUUAGAAAUAGACUUUUGAUUGAGCAAAUAAUCUACCAAAUUUUACCAAAGCACUCCAAACUAACAGGCGUCUCGCUGGUUAAAUCUGUCUGGCGUACGAAAUUACUACAUCCUUUCACCCGUUUAUCAUUCUGAUCAAACGUUUUUUAAAAAUUGUUCUGAUUCUCACUCUUGCAAAAACGUGCUUUAUUUUCAAGUGAUCUGAAAAAAAAAUACUUUGCUUUCCCCGGCUUAACAAUGUAUUCCUUGUUUUGAUCUAAACUGCUUAAUAGUUAAGAAACAGUGCUUAUACCUCCCCUUAUCUGAAUUCAUAAUCAUAAAACAUCUGUUCUGUUCUUUUUUCACCACCACCAAAAUGUGUAAUUGUAUGUCACUUAGUUUUUAUAAAAAAAAAUCCUAUAGGACUACCCCCCACCCCAACCUCCACCCCCCAAAAGUAGCUCAGCAAUUCUAAGAUUUAAUGACAUUUACGAGAGCUAAUCAUAUAUAUGCAAUGGCUGCAUGCAACAUAUUUCAAACUAACUCAUUAGCUCCCAAUGAGCUAUAUCUGAAAGGGAGGAGAGUUCUGCAGUCAAUCCACACCAGGACUUUAAUACUUGGUGCCUUUGUCAUGUUCCAUUUAAGUGAGCCGAUGCCGAAUCUGAAUCACAAUUCAAAUCACCACUGUUUACUUUAGACAAUGUACAAUAAUGGUGUACAUAGAAUGCUGCUCUUGCAACUUUACAAACUGAUAGCAUUUAAAACAGAAUGCUUCCUUGUACUGCAUAUUUAUCAGUCAGAUAUUUCCUUAAUGUCAGUCUGUAAAUUAGAGAUUUUCUGUGAGGAGGGGCAUGUGUCCCUGUACCAUACCCAUCAGCUAAGUUUGUGAAUGCCUGCAUAAAGUGCCAAUAGCAUUUGCAGACUAAUGUCAUUAUGUACCAGUGUUGGGAGGGCAGUGAGACCGAUAGCUGCUAUUUGUUAAUCAGUGUCAGACAAUAACUGCACUAGGAAUUGAAGAGAUUCUCACAGUUCCUACUUACAAGAGUGAAGGAAAGAAUUGUAGUGAUUGACCAGUAUAAAAAUUGAGGCCAGCUUUUACCAAGCCCCUUUAUUGUGAUUUUUUUUUUCUGAAAAUUACCUACUGAUUUAAAUUUUAGUACUGGUUUAUUGUUAACCUGUACUGGGAGACACCACAAAACAAAAGAAUUAGUGCAAGUGAAAACCUGACUGCCUGCCUGUAUUAAUGCCACCACAUUACAAUUGUAACAAUCGGGUACAGGUUCUGGAAAGUUAGCAAUACAUGCUGUAUCUAUCUUGGUACCUCUUAGUAUUUGUAGUAAUGCGGGGCCUUUUACAAGCAUAGCAUCUAUUUUAGUGUACUGGAAUGAUCUUUCUCGAUACCAGUCUAGUACCACUCGAUGCAAUAUCUACCACUACAUACAUAAUAAGUGCUGGAAUUGAUUUUACUGAAUACCUGUGCUGUCUAAGUCUGGUAUCUGUGCCAUUAAUGUUUUGGUAUGGGGAUGGACUUGGAAUGCAGAUGUGGCAUUUGUACUGGUCUAUUGCUAUAGGAAAGGGGUGGCUUCAGCAUUUACGCUGAUCCAUUUUAAUUAUUUUUUUGAAGAUCAGUCCUUAGAAAGUGCCUUUACAGAAGCUGGUGCUGUAGAAUUUUUUUUUUGUUCAUUAUGUGGCUGAAACAGUUUUAUAUAAUGCCAAGAAUAUGACAGUAUCCUGUAGCUGAUGUAUUUAAUGGCAGUUUCUAUUAAGUCAGGACCAAGAUGGGGACGAUAAUACAAAAAGCUUUGAAGAACACUCUCAAUACACAACCUAACCAGAAAAUAAUACAGAAUAGGAGCUAUGAUUGUUGUGAAUUGACUACGUUUCUUUAAACUCUAUCUCCAAAUUGAGAAUAUUUUCCUGUUUUGUAAAUGUUUAUGUCAAUGUUCUGCUCAAUUCCUUCCAUUAGAAACUUCAUGUCUAGAAGGAGAGAUGAGUGAUACAGGCCUAAUGUGUGUUUCGAUGUGUAACUAGUAUGAUAACAGAGUGCAUGCAGCAUAUUAAUUCUAAUUUGUUUGUAACUAUGACAAAAACUUUAUACUUGGCCAACUGCACUCUGUGGUGCUUCUAUUAUUGGGCCUAUAUCAUCUUAUCUCCACAAAUUAGAGAUGAUGAUAUUUUCAUUCAGCAAAUGAAUCUCUGCAAGGCAGUUUUCCACUUUCUGAAAUGGUGAACGUAUAUUUACAUGUAAACGUAUAUAUACAUUUUGGUUCUCAUCACAUUCUACAUCUAUUCUGAAGAAUUCAGAUUGUAUUUUUUAUUUAAACAAAGGAGCUGUUUAUAAUAUGAUACAAUAACGUGAAAAAAACCCUCUUAACGAACAUACCUAAAUGUGCUUACUGGUAGAGCCAGAAUUUCAGGUAAGGAGUAUUCAUUCACUGAGGAUUGCAUGUUUGUUUUUUUUUUGCAUUCUAUUUAAUUCUAAUUCAAAGGAACCAAUCUGGCAGAGCCAGUGAACUAGAGAAUGUGUUUAUUUGUGGGCAGUACUUUCAAAGGUUUCCAUCUUAAAAAAUAAGUUAACUGUGUUUCUUUCUAACACUGACAUAAUAGUAAGAGAACUGCUAUCAUCUGAAGACAGUCUUGCUUUUAUUAAAUCAAUAAAUCUUGCAUUGCUCCUGUAGUAACGUGAGCAGCUAAGCAAUCCACAACAACAAAAGCCCUACUUGUUUGUUGUUGAUGAUCAGCUGGCGUAAAAUUGGGGACACAAGUUGAGGAGAUUACUACAAUUGUUACACUAGAAUUGUGGACUAGAAAGGGGAGAAUUUGGCAGGGUUACUGCUUCGGGUCAUGGUAAUCUGCUGUCUCUGCUGUGGGUACAAAUGUGUAAAUACAGAUGAGGACUGAAUCUGCUUUGCUGCAGCAUUCUCAAUGAAUGAACAGUUUGCUAUCAUUUUGUCUCCAGAUCCACUCAUGUAUCUUGCCUUAUUGGACAUUGCUGAAGAAAUCAAUUCUUUUAUAAAGAGAAGGGUAGAACACCUGAAAAAAAAUGCAAUGUCUUAAUUGUUUUCUGCAGCUUGUUCCAAUUGGACUGUAUUGUUUGUGAUAAUCCUUACAAAGUAAACUGUCAGUUUUCUCUUCACUCCAAGAAGGCAGAAGCAGUAAUUGGGUAACAUUUCUUUCCCUAAUGAAUUCCAAAUAACUAAUCUAAUUGAAAUGAAAUAACAAAGUUGAAACUUCAACUUUUCAAACUGGUCUCACUAUCUAGAUUUUCACAGCUCAAUGUUUCAGUAUGUUCUUUGGAAUUGUGCUUUAAAAGUAUUUUUGAAAUGAUAUUUUGUAUUAGCAUAUUGAGUCUAUUAGAUUUCUGAUGGUUUGAUCAUAUUUUGGGUGGAUUGACCCCUUUUUUAAAUGUAUUCUAGAGUAGAUAAAAUAAUCUUAAAAUAAGCAAGGAAUCAAUUAUAUCAAUAGUAGCAUAGAAUUAUAUAGCACACAAUUAGGCUAUUUGCCCCAUUAUGUCUGAAUAGGCUGUUUGAAAUAGUUGUCUGAUUUUUCCACAUGAUAUCUUUUUCCACAAAACCUUGUAAACUAGUCCUCUUCAAGUGUGUCCAAUUGCUCUUUGAAGGUUCCUAUGGAAUUUACCUUCUCAACGGUUUCAGGUAACAUUUCUGAAUGAAGUAUUUAUUGUUCCCCUCUCAUUUUCAUAGUUAAUUUACUACAGUCUCAGGUUCUUGAUCCACAGAAAACAAACCUUUUCAUAAUUUUGAAUAUUCUAUAAAGUAGAAAUGUGAGAAGGCAUACAGCACAGAAAGAGGCCAUGUAGCUUCUUAUAGUCAGCUGUGUCCAUGCUGGUUGUGAAGAGACACAUUUAGUCUUGUUCCAACUUCUGACUUCUGGUCCACAUUACCUGUGGAUUAUGCUUCUUGAAUAGAAUGAGGAUUUCUACCUCUAGCUUUUCAGGUAGUUCCAAACUUUUACCACGCUCUAAAUAGAAAAUAAUGACUCCUCAACCCCCUUUAAUUCUUCUACCAAUUGUGUAUAUCUCUGUCCUUAUUAUUGACCUGUCCAUUAACAGAAGUAGAUCUUUCCAAUCCACUCUAUCCAGAUGCCUCAUGGUUUUAUAAACCACUGUUAAAUAGCUCCUUAACCUUUUCUGCAAAGAGGACAAUUCCAGCUUCAAUUUUCUUCCCCACAAUUGAUUUUCUUUAUCCUAAUAAACCUAAACUGCAUCUUCUCCAAUGCCUUGACAUCUAUUCUAAACUUUUAACGAUUAACAGUAGUAAAAAGAAUUUGGAUAGGACAGUAAUAUAAUCAUUAAAGUACUAAUUUUACAUCUGCAUUCUUAUUAGCUUAUAACUGGACCCACUUAUUUAUUUCAUGGAGAAGAAGAUGAUGUUAAACUUGUGAGAAUGUAAAUUAUAGAAAUAGUGACAAAAUUAAAUGUGGAAAAGUAAAUCAUAUAGAAACAGUCACGAGAAUGUUUUCAUUGUAUGUUGCUUGUACUGCAUAGAGUAAAAUGUUUUGUUGAAUAAGAAUUUUAUGAAGAGGAAUUUAUUUGAUUUUUUUUAAUCUAUUAGAAACACUAUUCAUAACUACGGUUGGCAGUUUGCGUUCCAGCGAUACCUGAAACUUAAACUGAAUGCAUGUGAAGUUGAUGAAUUUAUGUUUUUAAAAAAAAAUCAUAUCUUGGGGUGGAAGCGAAGGCAAAAGAAAAAAAUGUUACUAACUAUGUCUCCUCUCACAGCAAACAUACCUCCUGUUAGCCUGGCACAAUAACAUUUGUGUCAGGCUCAAGGAGAACUCUUGGAGUUUUCCUUCUCACAUGAAGGAUGAAAACUUGUAAUGGUUGGUGGUUGUGUAUGGUGAGCGUUCUGUUUUAAGGAAGCUUGGGAUUAAAAAAACACUGCACCUCAGUAACCUUCAUAUGCUGCAUAAAAAUAUUGCUUUUGGUUACAUUAUAUCUGCUGCACAUGCUUGACAGUACACUUUAAAAUGUUCAAAAAUUGUCUUAAUAGCAGUUAUCGAAUUGGAUUUUUAAUGGAAAAAAUGAGCCUUUAUUUUGUGGUUAUUUCUGAAAGUUAACUCUUAUUUAUUACUAAUGUUUAGCAUACUGCAGUGUAACAUAUGCAUUAGUGUUGCAAUUAUACAUUUAGAGGGAGGGCCUCUGCUAUCGCUUGUUGCCUUUUUCUUCAGAGGAGAUGAGUGUGAAUUAAUUAUCAUAAAUGUUUUUGGAUGUUCUGCCUAUUACUGUUGAGGUUGCUCAGAAUAGAUCACUGGCCUUCAUUAAAGGAUUACAAGAACUUUGCAAGUAAAUGUUGCAAAAGAUGAAAUCUUAAAUUAGAGGUGAAAAACAUUGAUUCUGUAGUCCAUUAAUACUUGUGCUUUUUUUUAAAAUGAAUUCCUUUAAGUGCUAUCAUGGUAUUAGCAUAUCUACAGGAUAGCAAAGAUUUUGCAGCCACCAAAAAUUAGUUUUUAACUGAAAUCCUACAGCGAUAAUCUGUGCAGGCAGUUGUGGAUUCAUUGCAGGGUGCAUCCUGUGUUGUAAGUCAGGAUGAUGAAGGCCACUGAUUUUUUUUGUAUAUGUUAAAUUAAACCCGUUGGAUUGUUUCUUUUGUUAAACACUCUCCCACUCAAGUGGCCAAAUAACAAUCCAUAAAUUUCCAAAGUGACCUCAGUUGAGCUUCAUGCCGUGUGACAUUUGUUCUAAUUUUUAUAAUUAAAUUGAAAUUGACCUAUGGCAUCUGUAAAAGUUCAGCUUUGGUCCAAGUUACUAAAACUGCAGGUUUUUUUUGGCUUUACCUGAAAUUGGCAACAAUAUGAUAGGUCAGCAGUUAAGGCAAUGGUAUUUUAUGGGAAUUGAGAAAAUCAACUGAUCUAUGUGGGAGAGAAUCAAAUGACAGUAUUCAUUUCUGUUGCUUUAAAUGUCAAAGUGGUGAUUUAAUCCACUGGAUAACUUAUUUCACUGCCAUCAAAUAUCAUUUUCUUUACAACGUCAUAUUCAGUUCUCUGGCAAUGUAACAAUUCUUGUGUGAAAGUUUGGAAUUCCCACUUUUACGGCUCCUUUCACCAUACACCAUUCCCUAACCAAAAAAUGACCUGCAGAACGCUUUCUAGAUCUCUGGUCAUUCUUGACCCAGAUGUUUGGAGAGCAGCUGUUGGGGGUGACUUGCCAGCUGAAUUUUCCCUCCCUCUGGAAAAGUGCCUGACCUCGACUGAAUGCUUCCCUGACUGCAUGGCUGAGUUUGAGAAUUUACCAUGUGGGGAAUGGCAAGCCAUUUGUGUUUUACCAGUCCAUAGUAUGGUAUGUUACAGGAUCAAAGUGCUUCUGUGCCAUGCCAUUGGCGUUGUAAUGAAUCUUAAUUGCAUCGGUGCAGGUUUCCACAUAAUAAAAAUAAACUUUUUAAUCAAUGUAAUGCUGGUUCUAUGUCUACAUUUCUGCCUGUGUUAUUAAUGGAAGCAGUGACAGCUGCAUCAAAUACAUAUGUCACUCGGACCCAUCACACACAAUUGUAAUAAUCUGGCUGUUAAUGUCACCUGAAACAGCUGUCCGGGAAAGAAAGAAUAUAAUGACUAUCCCAUUGAUUACCCUUGUUAAACUGAUGAAUUUGGGAUCCCUGCAUUUCCUGUUUGUAUACCUUUUACAUAUUUAAGUCAGAAAUAUCUAAUUUGUUCAAUGCUGACUUCCCAGGAGAUAAUGUCUGUAUUAACCCUCUUGAGUAUCAAAUAAGAUUUGCUUUGUCUUUUGUUUGCAGUUAUUCUCUUUAUUUAUAAUGUUCAAUGUUGUGUCUUGAGUACCCAUUAACCUUUGGCACCACUGCGAUGUUAUUGAAUCAUCCUCUGUAAUUACAUUGUUGAAACUGUGGCUGUGUUUUUGUGGCAGUUGAACUUCAAUAGGUUAUCAAACUCUAGCAAAUAAUUACUUAUUUUCACCCAGGCAGACCAUAAUAAGCAUUGUAGUUUAAAAAUUCAUCAACCUAAAUGUGCUUUACAGUUUUCUAAAUAUGCAUCAAUAUGUAAUGCCUUCAAACUUCUUUUCACUAUCUGACAAGUGAUGCACAUUAAUUGAGAAACGCACAGAGCCUCAAGAACAGUUCUUAAAUUCAAAGUAUCCUGUGAAUAAAAUAGAUUGUAAUCUUGCAUUUGGUGCAUAAUUGUUACUAUAGUCCUCAAGAGGGUUAAUAUUUGUAUAACAUGUUUUUGUAAAUGUGUUCAUAAUUUCUAAGAAUUUCUUGCUUGGUCUAUUCUUGUAACAAAGAAAGGAACUUGACCUCUUUUGUUAAAGUGCAAAUGUAUUUGCCAGUUAACUUGGAUUUUGUAGACCCUAGAUAUUUGAUCCAGAAUUUUGUGGAACUGGGCAAACAGUUUUCCUAUAGAAAUCCUAGCAACCUCUUACAGGAUUUUUUCAAAAUAGGAUUUUCCUCCAUAUAAAUUUUGGGAAUUAAAUUUUCUAUACAUAUGAAGCAUUCAAUUAAAAUUCCAUAACUUAAAAUGUUACAUGGUAACAUGCAAAGCAAUUGAUCAUGUGAUUCUGUAGAGGAGUUUUGUUGUAUUGAUAACAUCAUUUGCAUAAUUACUGAUUGAAACUUCUCAAAAUAUUUGGGGACCACAUUGGAUUUGUCUCUUAAAAUAAAUAUAAUGUAUUUUCUCAGCUGAUAAAACCUGCGAUCCAACAAUAUUAUUAUACAGUUUAAAAGUGUUCACUAUGAAACCUCUGAACAUUACUCAGCCAGAUAUCACAGGUUUAUUUCAUUCUUUAUUAAAUUUGAAAACUAGAUUUUUGUUUUAAAGUCAUGGCAUUAUACAUUUCUAAACUCCAAAUAUUCUUGGAAUAGGCUCCAGAAGAGAGAUUAUGAUUUUAUUUAAUUUUGAUUUUUGCUGCAAAUCAUCAUUUGUUACUAAAAAUGUUUACACUUUCAAUGUAUCAUCUCCCUCCAAAUCAGUAAAAUGGUGUAUCCAGAGCAUUUCCCAUCAGUUACAUAUUAACAGUACAUGAUCCUGGCAACCUCUUAUGGGUUGUCCUGACACUGUCAGCCAGUGGUAUGUUUCCCAGUCUUAAUAUAUAGUAAAAUCAAAUUACAUUGUCGCAAAAAAAUCUGUAACAAAAUCCUAUAGGUUAUUUGACUAAAUCUAUUGUAAUUUUUUAAUGUAACUCUCUUGUUCAGUGUUACUGUCCUCUUCAAUAAAAGUUUAUUUCAAUACAUUAA